AUGUAUCUACCAAUUCAUCUAUUUAUAUAUUUACCUAUGUAUCUAUAUGCGGAUCGGUGGCGUAUUUGUUUCCGGAAAAUCCCAAUGAUAUUAUCACUGGGAUUUGCCAUGCACGCAACAGAAAGAUUUUAUGACUUUCUAUUUCGCAAAUCGCGUGUACCAAUACAUUUUCAAACAUGGUUUUCGUCAGUCAAAUCAACAUUACCAUCGUCGGAUCAAUUAAUUGAAAUUAAGAUUUGGGAACUAGGACUUGUCACACGUUCUAUUGUUCCACCAUUGUCACGUUAA